GGUGGAUAACUUUUUAUUUAGUCUAUUGUUAAUUAUAUGGCUGGUUCUUCCUUGGACGAUUUUGUGCGGCAUCUCAGUCAGAAUGCCAGUGCAAGCAAUUAUCAUGAUAUGACAUCAUUUGAAAAGAACAAUAGUCGCAGAAGUAGCAGUACCGAUAGUAAUGAACCCAAGAGAUUAAAGAAGGAGAAGCCAAUCGACACUCCUUUUGGACAUGUAGAUAUGAAGAAAUUGGAGCAUUGUGCUCGGACACUACAGAAGCAAAUAAGAAUCAUCAUCAAUGAAGCUCCGGACCUGGAAAGGCUUCAGGAAUUGCUUGAAUCUCCCAACGUGGACGAUGAUGUCAAACAUGAGAUUCAACGGAAUGCCCUUGUUAAGGUUGCUGCUGCUCUCAAAUCACAAUAUAAUGCCAAAGAAUUGGAUAUCUUUGAUGAUAUUAUCACCGGGAACGUCAGUGCUGAGGUUGAUAAGAUUAUCAGCGAUAGAAAAGAUGAUCAAAAAGAUGAUCAAAAGAAUGAUGAUGAUCAAGAUGAUGAAGACGAUGAUGAAGAUGAUGAUGAUGAUGAAGAUGGGCUUCCUCCACUUCCUCCAAUCCAUGACCCACAUCUCUCUGAUCGAGUAUUUAUUCAUAAAUCAACCCUUAACGAUCGUACAUACCUUCUGGAAAAAGAAUUGAUUGCUGCCCAUAAUGAACGAUUGGAAUUCCUUGGAGAUUCUAUUCUCAAUAACGUUGUCACCAUGAUCAUUUAUGAACGCUUUGACCAUUCACCGGAAGGUGAAUUGUCUAAAAUUCGGUCUCUGUUGGUUAAUAACAAGACUCUUGCCGAAUUUGCCAUUGCUUAUGGACUUGAUAAAAGACUUCGCAGUAAUAUAAGUGACUCCAUUCUUAAACAGGGGAAUCAAAAGAUUUUUGCUGACGUUUUCGAAGCUUAUAUUGGAGCGUUGGCAAUCCAACAUAAAAUGGUACUUACAUCUAUCAAACUGUGGUUAACGAAAAUAAUGGCAUGGAAAUUAAAAGAAUUUGAUCAAGAAAUUAAAGGACUUGAGCCAGUAAACAAGAAUGCUAAGACUGACCUUUAUCUGCUUAUUGGGACCGCGGCAUUCCAUCCACAAUAUAAAGUUGUCAAGACUGGAGAUGGGGCAACUGAAUCAUUUAUAAUCCGAUGUGAAAUGGGUAAUGAUGUUUUAGGAGAAGGAGUUGCUCCAAGUAGCAAGGAAGCUGGGCUUAGAGCUGCAAUGCAAGCAUUGAAGAACAGAGAUUUACUUGAAAAAUAUGGACAGAUACGACUUGGCACUGAUAGAAAUGAAUCUAAAAUCAGUCUGAAGAUGCUUUAUAGUAAGUAUCAAGGAUUACUGGGGGUUCCAUCAAAUAUUGUUGAUGAAACUACAGGAACGGGAGGUACAUAUAUACCUCUGGAUAUUUUCCCAGUAAUUGGGGAUGAAUCACAAGUAUUUCUUCCUGAAGCUAAAAAUGACUUGUAUGCCAUUUUAAACAAACGAGGUAUCAUUCCUCAAUAUCAAGUAAGUGCUGAAGAAGAUAAGUUUAAAGGAGAAUUACAUAUUAAAAAUGUAUUGGUUGCAAUUGGAGUUGAUUCUUCAAAGAAACGAGCUGCAACUCGAGCGGCAAUUGCGUUGUUGAAGAAUAAGAAGGCUUUACAAGAAAUUGAAAAAUUAUAGUACGAUUAUGCACUGAAUAGAAUGAUUUAGUUUUUAUUAUGAUGAAGGGCAAAAUAAUGUGAAAUACAUAGGAGAUACAUUUCCUUGU